CUGUAUGAUUCGCUUGGGCCGCUGUCAGUGUGUGUCGGUGCUUGGGAGAUGCUGGUUCUCUAUAGAUUAUUGUUGGUUGGUACUCAGAAUGUUUUUCGAUUCGCACACAUGGCUGCUGAGCUCGGCUGUGCUCUGCUGCUUGAGCACAAUCGGGGCUCAACAGCAACUGUUUGAACAGCCGUCGACGUUGACGGCCCGAAACUUAGCGCCGACAAUCUAUAAUGUGGCAGGAGUUGGCGCUGGAGCUGGCGCUGGAGCACAGUUGCCAAAUCAUGCGGCCGUACAACGUGCGCCAGCACAAAUUAUUAAGGCAACGGCGCUGCAAGAAGUCAGGGAUAGCGAAGAGCUGGCGCCGUUCUUCCAGCAAUUGUUGAAGCAAACUAUGCCAAAUUGGCAGACAGAGCACAAGCAGCGGGGGCAGCAGCGGCAGCAGCAGCAGGAGCAGGAGCAGCGGCAGGAGACGCGGGGGCAGCAGCAGCAACACUUUUUUGUGGAGCUGCCAAGUCAACAACCUCAAAUAUUGCACGGCUACAAUGGCGUCAAUGUACGCCAGCAACAGCAGCAGCAGCAACAGCAGCAGCUACAAUCGACAUCUCUGCCGCAGCAGCAACAGCAACAGCAACAACAACAACAGCCAUUCGCUCAGCUGCCAAUUCAAAAACAACAACAACAAUCAUACACCACAUAUUUACAAACAUCGCCAAAAAUCGCAUUGGCGCCGCUUACAGCAGCAGCAACGACAACAACAACCACAACAACAGCAGCCAUUGGUGUUGCGCCGCCAAUUGGAAGUUUGGCCAACAGUUUUCAGCCUACCUCACCUCAAGCGCAAAACACGACGUUGGCCAAGGAGCAGUGUGAGCUGUGCUGCGACCCGUUGGCGCCGCCGAAUACGCCCUGUGGCUGCUGCAAUACGAAGCCGUUGCUGAGCGCUGCGGCGCUGAGGGCGACAACUGGUUAGAUGCUAUUUUUAAUUAAAUUUCUGUGAAUCUUUGUGUAUGUGUGCGUGUGUGUGUGUGUGUGUGUGUGGGUUGCUGUGUGCUGGCCCAAUUAAUAAAGACGUAUCAAAAAGUGUUGCAUAC